AAGCAACAAUACAUCAUGCAGUCUUCAACUUUCCUGAUGGCCAUCUUGGUGGUGGCUUUGCUCAUGCUAUUGAGCGCCCCUGCUACUGAGGCCACCUUUUUGAUCAUUGCUUGCUUGUUGCGGUCUCCAUUCUGCCCAUGGGCCACAACAGCCAAAACCGCGUCAAGCGGUUGACCAUUGACCACCCAUUUGGAAGCUCGAUAGCAGACACUCGAACACAAUCUUGGAACUCAUAAUAAAUAAAAUGAUUUUUUUGUUGCACUGAA